AUGGAGUGUAAUGUAGUAAAAAACUACAGAAAAACGUUAAAAGAAGUUGAUAUUGCACUGAACGGCGGCAUGAUUGGUCCAAUGUACGAGAAUAGAAAGACAAAUUAUCAUCAAAAUUUGAAUAUAGAUUAUCCUACAUUAAAACCAAAUAAUGAACGUCAACACGCUUGGUCCAAUCAAAACACAUGGGCAAGCCAGACACAACAAGAACAAAUACAACUAAAAGAAAUCAAUACACAAAUGAGCGUCUUGUUGAAAACCUCUCGGCGUAUGGAAUCGAAACUAGACAACCAAGUCUUGAAAUUAGAUAUGGCAAAUAAAGUAUUAUCAAUCAACAAGCAAGGUAUAUUAGUGAUAACUAAUAUUAUACAACAAACCAUCAUGGCCUUAUUAUUCAAAGAAAAGAAACAACAAACUAUAGGGCUACAAGAGGUAGCAGUUCAACUCGACAAUUUUAAGAAAGAUAUAACAGAGAAGUUCAACAUGUUAUCUUAUGAUAAACAACAACCAACUGAAUCAUUACCACUGCAACUUAACAACAACCAAACUACUGAUCCAACAAAUGGCACAACAACAUCAGUGUCAAGGCACUCAUAA